AUGCGGACGCGCGGGCCAUCGCGCUCGCGUCCCCAGCCGCUCAUCCGAGGCCGUCGAGACGGGGACGCUGCUCGCCCAGAGCGAGAACCCGCUCCGCGGUGCCUGUCGUGGGUGGAUCUCGCCUUCCUCGGAUUCGGCUCCGUCGUCGGCUCGGGCGUCUUCGUGCUCACCGGCCAGGAGGCGCGCUUCGACGCCGGCCUGGCCAUCCCUCUAGCCUACGCCGCUGCGGGCUUCUCGGCGCUGCUCUCGUCCUUCUGCUACGCCGAGCUCGCCACCGAGAUCCCGUCCGCCGGCGGCUCGUUCUCGUACCUGCGCGUCGAGCUUGGGGACCUGGCCGCGUUCAUCCCCGCGGGGAACAUCCUGCUCGAGGCCGUGGUGGGCGCCGCCGGCCUGGGCCGGUCCUGGACGUCGUACCUCGCGGCGCUCAUCGGCCGCGACAGCGAUGCGCUCCGCAUCCACGUGCCGGCGCUCGCUGACGGAUUCAAUCUGCUGGACCCGAUCGCCGCCGUCGUCCUGUGCGCCACCUCCGCGGUCGCCGUGUCUGGCGCGCGCCUCACCUCCACCGUCAACUCGAGCGUGUCCGUGGUCGGCAUCGCCAUCAUCGCGUUCGUGCUGGCCGCGGGCUUCUCGCACUUUGAGCCCGCCAACCUCGCGCCGUCCUUCUUCCCCUUCGGCGCCACGGGCGUCUUCCGCGCCGCUGCCGUCGUGUACUGGUCCUACACGGGGUUCGACAUGGUGGCCACCAUGUCCGAGGAGACCAAGAACCGCGGCCGCGACCGGUACAGCGACAUUGACGCCAACGCGGCCUACUUGGUGGCGUUCGCCGCGGCCGGGAUGAAGUGCGCGCGCUACAUCGUGGCACUCGGCGCUCUCAAGGGCAUGACGAGCGGCCUCCUCGUCGGCGCGCUCGGCCAGGCGCGCUACACCACGCAGAUCGCGCGCACGCACAUGAUCCCGCCCUACUUCGCGCUCGUGCACCCCAAGACCGGCACGCCCAUCUACGCCACCAUCGCCGUCACGCUCGGCGCCGCCUGCGUCGCGCUCUUCUCCAGCCUCGACGUGCUCGCGUCCGUCUCCUCCAUCAGCACGCUCUUCAUCUUCGCGCUCGUCGCCGUCGAGCUCCUCGUCCGACGCUACUACGUCGCGGGCACCACGUCACCCGCGCAGGCCCGCACCUUCCUCGCCUUCCUGGCGCUGAUCGUCCUGUCGUCCAUCGGCCUGUCCGUGUACUACAACUCGGACUACGUUGCUCGGUGGCCCGGGUACGUGGUGUUCGGCGCCCUGUGGGCGGCCGGCACGGCGGGGCUGGCGCUGUUCGCGAAGCAGCAGCGCGCGCCAAAGGUGUACGGCGCGCCGCUCAUGCCGUGGCUGCCGGCAAUGUCCGUCGCCACAAACCUCUUCCUGAUGGGCUCUCUCGGCUCCCUGGCCUACAUGCGCUUCGGCAUCUGCACGGCGGCGAUGCUUGUCUACUACGUGCUCUUCGGCGUGCACGCCACCUAUGACAUGGUGCACUCUGAAGGUCAGACGACAUCGGCUGCAGACGCUGCCACCGACGGCGUGGAGCAGAGGAAGAUAAUGCCGGUGUGA